UCAACAUAGAAAUUAAUCAUUUUAAAACUUUACCAAAUUCACCACAGAAAUAACUGAAUUCGAUAAAUUAGCAGAAACUCAGACAAAAGAAAGUUCUAUUUUGAAUUCCUAAAAUUUAAUGUCAAGUUUAACACAUUAGAAACGAAUUACAAGUGAAUCUUAUAAAUUCCUUUUGAAUCCGAUGAUUAAAGAUCCUUAUACAUAUUCAAACAGUAACAAAGACACAAUCCAUAGAUCAGAAAGUGGAACAUUCUAUCAACACAGAUGAAAAAACCUUUUGGAAAACGCAGUAAUGUUCAAUUUACUAAUCAGAGCAAGUUAUCGGUAUUUGAUUUAGAAAUCAGAGAAAAUACCUAACAAUGGAUGAUAAAUAUAUCAAAGUCACACAAGCCGAGAAAUUGAAAUAUAAUAGAGAAGUAGAAAAAAAACAAAUAAAAUCAAAGAAACGAAAACUCUCCUCUUCUAGUGAAUCCAGUGAGUCUGAAGACAUUAAAAAUAUCAACAAUAAAAAAAAAACAAAUAAAAUCAAAGAAAAGAAAACUCUUCUCUCAAAAUGAAAUAUUUUUGGUAUGUCCUGAAUUAAUAAGGAAACAAAUUAAUAUUCAUAAUUACAUUGAUUAUUUGGAUGAAUUAAGCGAUGAAAAUUUUGGUAUUUAUACAUUGAUGUAAAGUACUUAUGUAAAGUACUUCUGUACGAAAGGGUUUAUUUGAAACCCGUUUAUGUUCAAAUAAAUAAAUAAAUAAAUAAAUAAAUAAAAUAAAUAAUGAAUCGUUUAUUACACCCUACAGAACUGGUUCUGUACAUACGCUGUUUGGGGAACAAUUUCCAAAGGCAUUGGUGACAAAAAAUGAGAAAAAAAGAAACCAAAAAGAAUCGAUGGAAUCCCCGCCAAGUAUCACGGCAACCUCGCCGAAAAAAGGCGGAAACUGCGCCGAGAAAACCAACGGAGAUUCCGUCGAAAGAAACAUCCGAAAACUCGCCCCCGAAAAAGUUGUGUUGCAGCCAAGAAGCUAAAAACUCGCAGCAGCAAAAGGAAUCAUAUGCCGACAAAAUAAAAAAUUGGGCCGACGAGGUGGAAGAGGAGGACUAUGAGGAUGUCGAAUUCGUACAAGUUAUUAAACGAAAGGCGUCAUCAAAGCAAAGUCAAACUUCAGAAGACCUGCUAUUAGGGUCUUUAUACAGAAGGCGAGAACGGUCUUGGAAAAAAUUAGAAAGAUCAGUGCAGAACUCAGAAAGUGUCCGAAAUGUCAAAGGCUUCUUGAAGAAAGGGCCAAGUGGACGAAAGAUAAAGACGAGACCGACAAGGAAAUGAGUCAUUUGAGAAGAUUAAUGACUACCAUGGCUAUCUUCAAUGACAAAGACGAAAUCAAAAAACGAAAUAAUAUGCUUUCAUCAUGGUUAAAGUACUUACCUAUAGGCAUUACAUAUGACAACAGGGAAUUUCUCCCAGGAAAAGUAAUCAAAACUAAUA